GAUACCUACGUAUAAAAUGACUGGCUGGUGUCUUGUGUGCUCAUCCUCAGUCUGAUCUUCAAGUCUCCAGUACAGCCUGCUGGAGUUCUGUAACAGGUAGUGGAUGACUCCGUAGCUGACUCUGGGGCAAGAUGACUGCCAGGUGGAUCAUCCUUGUCUUAAUGAUUGGUGUACAGAACAUGGCAACUGCCUCGUUUAUUAUGACCUUUCCAAACAGGGGAAACAGCAACACCAUAGACAAGCGACAGCCCUUGUCUGACAAUACAGGGGUGCGUGUGAUGACCAAGAUCAAGAGCCGCAUGGCACAGCAGACCCAGAGUAAUAGACUGGAGAAGCGCAUGCAGGCCGUUUACAAGAAGAAGCCGAUCCAAAGUACAGGUACUUGUUCACUCGACUUCAAGGAUAAUUUCGAUCACCCCAUGUUGGUGAAAAAGGGGCAAAAUAAGUUGAUGUAUCCAGUGAUCCAGGGAAAUUCGAGGAUGGUUAUUAUUCCACCUGACACCGUCGUCACGGCCUCCUGCCCUGGCCCAAAUAACAUGAUCAGCGCGACCAACGCAGAUAAGUACAUAGAGGUCACCUGCACUUCUGGACAGUUACGAAGGAAUGAAGUAAACGUGGACUGGAACACCCUAAGCUGCUCAACCAAAUUAAAACCCACCUUAAGCUGCUCGCCUGCCACGGAUCCUACCCUGAAUAAGAUGGAAUUAUGUACUUUAAAAUGGGACAUAGCCCCUAAGGUCGAAGUCAUUCAAUACACAAGCGUCAUCGACCCAAACCUGAAGACUACAUUGUACACUAGUCAUACUCUCUACGGCCAGUGAGUGUUCAGAGGCUAA